AUGAAUACCUCUUUUGAAUAAAUUAAUCGAUCACCUUUAAAUAGAUCUGUUUCAAAAGCUCUCUAUUCAUUUCCAAAAGCUAAUCGUUUCAAAGAGUUUAAGGAUAAACCGUAACUAUAUUUGGUUUAUCAUUAGAUGUCCAAAUAUUUAUAAUAUUCCAUCUAUGAUGAGCAAACGUAGUGCUGGAAUAGGAUAUGGAUAAAAAUCAAAUUUUAUUUAGGAAAGCAUAACUCCAGGACCCAAUAAUUAUGAAAUCAAAACUACUCUUAAUGUUAGUAACGGUUGGACUAUGCCAGUUGGUAGAGAUGUAUUGAUAAUAAAUUUAAUCUUAGAAAGGGAAUAAAUAUGAAGGUAUCUUUAUUGGACUUAUUUAAAAAACUCCUGGACCUGGAGAAUAUGAAUAAAAGGAUACUAAAUCUCCUAUUAAGUAUACUAUAAGAAUGAGAACUGAAAGUCAAAAAGAUAAGGAUAGAAAACCAGGACCGUAAGUCUUAUUAAUAUUUUAGAGGAUAAUAUAAUUUACCAUCAGCACUCAAUGAAACAGGAAAAUAUAAAAUUAGCAAAUUUAGAGAGUAAAAUAAUUUAUUUUAUCUAGUUCUGGAGCAAUUAUUCUUUCACCUUAAAAAUCUAAAAGUUUUCGAUUUUCACCAGCAAAAGAUCCAUCACCAGGACCUGGGGAUUAUGCUCAUUUAGGAGAUAUUGAUCCAAAAGGAUUGUAUUAUUGUUCCAAAUUUGCAGAUACAAAAUCUACAAUAUUUACAAGAACUAAGAGAGAAUUAACUAAAAUUAGAGCAGAAUCUCCAGGACCUGGGGCUUAUAGAUUACCUUCAGAAUUUGGGUAUUUAGAUAAAUUAUGUUAGUCACUAUGAAAAACCGAAUAAAUGA